CCGGGGCAGCGAGUGAUGGAGUUGGUGGGUGAAGCAGACCGAGACCGAGACCGAGGCCGGCGGACAAAGAAGUCCCUCAAGGGGAAGAAGAAACCCAUUUGGCAAUUCACGCUCAACCUCUCCAACCCUGUGGAAGAUGGCAUCCUCGACUCCGCCAACUUUGAGCAGUUCCUGCGUGAGAAAGUGAAGGUGGGCGGCAAGGCCGGGAACCUGGGCACAGUGGUCCAGAUCGAACGGCUUCGGAACAAGAUCACAAUCACCUCUGCCAAACAGUUCUCCAAGAGGUACCUGAAGUACCUGACGAAAAAGUACCUGAAGAAGAACAACCUGCGGGACUGGUUACGAGUGGUUGCCUCAGACAAGGAGAGUUAUGAGCUGCGUUACUUCCAAAUCAGCCAGGAGGAGGAGUCUGAAGCAGAGGACUGACAGGGUAACGGUGCUGAUGCACAUGAGACUGCUUUGUACAUAAGUGUGUUUACAACGGACACAAAGUUAUUAAAUUAUUAAUAAAAACACACACUGAAAGACCA